CUUUAUUUCUGUCUCAAAACUAGUCGGUUUCAGACAAAUUACUAGUUCUCAGAUCUACAAUCUAUAGAAGUGUUAGCUUGUAUUUCCUGUUCGUUUUGGAUGUACAUCUUUUUUAUUCCCUAAUAAAACUGAACGAAUGCACUAUACAGACAUACUUUUUCUUACAGACAUAUAUAUAAGCUAUUAUACAAGUUUUUAUUGUUAAACCUUUAGAAGUGUUCAAACUUGUGUACUAACUCCAAUAUCGCUUAUUUUCUUAGAUGACGGUAUAUAAUCUGUACAUUUAUGGGAAAAAUGGAGAUAGCCUAUAUUAUCGUGAAUGGACUAAAACGAAACAAGGCGAAUGUCCGUCAAACAAUGAUUUGAAGUUGAUGCGUGGUAUGCUGAUUGGUUUAAAAGGAUUUUGCCAGAAAAUUUCACCUUUGGAUUACGAAAUUAAUCGCUUCUCAUAUAUCACAAAUACAUAUCGUCUUCAUUUCUAUGAGACUCCUACACUUAUGAAAAUUGUACUUACUACUGAUAAUUCUUGUACACCAAUGCAUGAAGAACUUGAGGGAAUUUUUCAGAUUUACACUAAAUAUGUUUCACAGAAUCCACUAGUUAAGUCUGAAGAACCGAUUAAAAGUCAAGUUUUUACUGAGAAACUGGAUCAAUAUAUUCAAAGUUUACCUGUAUUUAGCAAAUAA